AUGUCUGCCAAACAACGCCUUUCUAUUUUGGUCCCGGUCACUGUUGUCGAAACGCUUUUAGUGCAUGCCUCCCGUAUGAGUACAGAGCGGCCUGCUACAAUAUUCCUCUACGCCCUGGGGAUCAAUUUUGUCUUGCUAGCAACAUGGAGUAUAUUCAUAUGGCCUUUCAUUUUUAACCCCCUUCGACAUCUACCAACUGUAAAGGGUCCUCUCAUCGGUGCAAAAGUCUUCAUGCGCCAUCCCCGCGGCCGCAUUACAAUAGAUUGGCUGCGAACAAUUCCAAACGAAGGACUGAUUCACUUCCGCGAGGCUUUGAACUAUAGCUUUCUGUUGGCAACCAAUCAUCGCGCCUUGGUUGAUGUCCUGAGUACGAACAGUUACGACUUUAUCAAGCCGCCAGGUGGGCGUGAGUUCUUUGCCCGCGGGCUAGGAUACGGUCUCAUUCUUUCUGAGGGCGAUGCCCAUCGUGCGCAGCGGAAGGCGGUGACCCCUGCUUUCACGAUCAAGAAUAUUCGCGCAAUGUAUCCUCUCAUGUGGACCAAAACGCAGCUGUUUUUGAGUCAGCUUGAGAAGGAAAUCCGAUUUCAUCCUGCUCCCGGUACGGAUACUGCGAAUGCUGUGGGAUUUGUUGAGAUUGGGAGCUGGGCUAGUCGCUUAACAUUGGACAUCAUCGGACCUGCAGCGAUCGGCCGGGAUUUUCAGUCUCUUGAGAACGAAAAUGACCCAGUUUCGAAGAAUUAUUCUGCGAUCUUCAAGCCUUCCGGUGAUUUCCUUUUGCUUUUUGGUGCCUCCCUGCUACUGCCACAGUGGCUUGUCAAGCUCAUUCCCUGCAAGGCAAACCUCGUGCUCCCGCGUAAUGUGAAAUAUCUACGACAGGUAUUCCACUAUAUCCUUCACGAGAAACGGGCCUUGCUCGCUCGUGAAAAAGGCGAGCAAGAGCUCGCCGACGGGGAUAUCCUGGGCACGAUGAUGCGAGGCGGGGAGUUCAGCGAUAGCGAGUUGGUCGAUCAAAUGCUCACAUUCCUCGCGGCUGGGCACGAAACAACCGCAGGUGCCUUUACAUGGUGCUGUUAUCACCUCUGCAUUGAGCCAGAGAUCCAAACAAACCUGCGCGAGGAGAUCCGCGCCACAAUUGCGUCCCCAGCUGCCUCCGUUUCAUGGCAAGAUCUAGAGGGCAUGCCGUACCUCAACGGCGUGUGCCAAGAAGUGCUGCGCCUCUACCCGACCUUACCGAUGAGCGGUCGUGAAGCGAUUCGUGAAACGACCAUCGCCGGCAAGAAAAUUCCCAAAGGCACCACGAUCGUGCUAUGUCCGCAGUCUAUCAACCGCAGCCCAGAGUUCUGGGGUAAUACGGCGGAUCAGUUCUUGCCGGAACGAUGGAUUGACACUGACGACAAAGGGAAGCAGACUCCCAAUAAGCAUGGGGGCGCCCCGACCAACUUUGCCCAGAUAACUUUUCUUCAUGGGCCUCGGGCGUGUAUUGGGAAGGAUUUUGCGAAGGCUGAAUUUCGGUGCGCUGUUGCGGGGAUCUUUGGUCUGUUCCGGUGUGAGUUGAAGAAUCCGGAGCAACAAAUUACUUUUGGGGGGACUUUGACUAGUCAGCCUCUCGAAGGUAUGCAUUUGAAGUUGUCCAAGUUGGAAGGGUGGGAGUAG